CUAAUAUAAGUGUGAUGUGUGUGUUGUAAUGAGUAACGUUUGAGCAUAUCAAUGUUUACCACAUUGAUAUGCUCAAACGUUACUCAUUACGCGAGACUGAAGUGCCCACGCAGAUGACUUCUUAUAGUCUAUAUCUGGUUAUUAAUAAGGACAUAAUAAACUAAUAUGUAUGUAGGUAUAUAAAAGUUAAGAUAAUAAACACAGGUGAACUGUCACCAAACAAAAUUCAACACCGUUACUAAAUUAGAAAAUGUCUCAUUCCUGUUUAAUGGCGUAAAAAGAGCUGGGCUUCUAUUUAUUUCAUUAUCAGUCUAUAAGAUGAUUUAGAAUAAUAGCACAGCCGUUAAAUACGACACUCAGAAUUUUAGACAACGCUACCAGUAUCGUGAUUUGACAAUUACUAUUUUUGCCAAUUGUUAUCUCACUCCGCAGGUACUUGGAAAAUAUAUUGGAAAUCAAUCAACCGUCUAAUUAUUUAUUUCUAUAUAUUGAUGGUUUCUUUUAGUGUAUAUGUGCGUAACAAUUAUAAUAUAAAUUCGAUAUCUUUUUGCUUUUAAAGUCCAAUAAGGGAAGUUGCGUAAAGUUGGGCAAUUCCAUCGCGACGCGGGUCACUGUUUUGUAACAGCUGCUCAGAGCAACGUUGUCGUUACUGCGGCGGCGGCGGCGGCCGAGCGGCUCUCGUGGUUUUCGGGGACGGUCGAGGCGCGGGCGGCGGCGUUGUCGCCCCAGGCUACACCGCGCGCCGCCACCGUCGAUCUCCAGUAUGGCUAUUAUAUGACCUCAGCGCAUACAAUGUUAAAAAAAACGAAACAAACGACGCAUAUAAAAAACGUGAAUACUAAUUUAAGUACAGAUGCCUCACAAUCUUUUUAUUCCACUUUGAGUUGCUCUCAUGUAUUGAGGAAAAUAUUGAAAAUGAAGUAGAAGUAAUCUCCUCGUACCUAUCUCACAAUUUAAAAAGAAGGCAUGGUUUAAAUUGAAUAAGUGAAGUAACACAUUUUAUAUAUGGAUAACAUAUUUGGAGUAAGUUAAAAAUCAGUAAUACGCUGAGACACCCUGGGCAACGUCCUCGGGUAGGAGGGCCAGCAUGUACGGAAGAUAAAUUCGUCGUUUUGGUGCGUGCGAGAGAAGGCGCGGGCGACGCGGGGAGGUGCGGAGGGCGGCGGCGCCGGCGCGCGGAGGCUGCUGCGCUCAGAGCACCUGCGCCCGCGCUCCGUAGCGCCGCUCGCUGCGUGCUCGAGUACCCGCGCCCGCGCACCGGCCUGCGCCGUGCACAGCGUCGUGACGCCGCCCACGAUAUACAAGUCGGCGAAGUCGAGUGUAGAGCGGGGUGCUCCUGAGUGGAGCCUCCGCCCGCACAAAGACGUCACCGAUAACACUGAAACGCGGCAUUAUGUCCGCGUCGCCGCAGCCCGCGUGCGAUGACCGCGCGCGCACCCCUAAAGCAGGCGCUUCACCAAGUUCUGCGCCGCGGUCACCGGCGCCCGCGCAUGCCGUGCUUGCCACCAUGACCCCUGUUCAGCCCGCACAUGAUUACUACCCGCACAAAGUUGAAAUGGACUCAGAUGACGGCUAUCCUCCGGAAGCUCAUGCUUAUCGGCAUUCUCCUCAUGAGCUAGCUGCGUAUGCCCCUGAUAAUAAAGUGCCCGUACAGCCGGAUGUAUAUGAUCAGGGUAUGGAGUCCAUAGAUGAGAAGACUCCAAUAGAUCUUAUAUAUGAAGAUGAUAAACAGACUGUUAUAUAUACGACUACACCAGAUCAAAAGAGGGUGGAGAUGAUCAGUGGUCAAUUGGAUGAUGGUCAACUGGUGAGCGGAGGGGGUCAACUAGUGGAUGGUGGCGUAUCCGUGGUGGUGGGACCUCCAGGACAGGCGGUCGUCGUGAUUGCAGACCACGUUGUUGAUGAGCUCGGACAGGUCAUCCCAAUAUCCAGGUAA